AUGACUGCACAAAUUCGUGGGGUGAACGGCGAGGGCCAAGGAUUAGGCCAGGCCUGGAAAGAUGGCCUGGAAAGCAACGAGCAGCCCAAUGAGGAGCCAAAAGAGAAGACCGCACUUGUGAACAGAGCUGGAGAGAGCCGUAGUCCUUACGUUCGCGCACACGCUUCGAAUCCAGUCGCAUGGCAGAUCUGGGGAGAUGAGGCUAUUGAUCUAGCUCGGAAAGAAAACAGGCUACUGUUUGUGAGCAUCGGCUACAGUGCUUGUCACUGGUGCCAUGUUAUGGAGCGAGAGUCUUUUGAGAAUGAAGAAGUAGCCGCGAUACUAAACGAUGCCUUUAUCCCCAUCAAAAUCGACCGCGAAGAACGACCGGAUAUCGACCGAAUCUAUAUGAACUAUGUUCAAGCUACGACCGGCUCUGGGGGCUGGCCUUUGAGCGUUUUUGUAACGCCUGACCUCGAACCCGUAUUUGGUGGAACAUAUUGGCCUGGACCGACCAGCAGUACAACUCCUUUCGAAGACCAGGUUGAUUUCUUGGCUAUUUUGAAUAAACUGUCCACGGUUUGGAAAGAACAAGAAGAGCGAUGUCGCCAAGAUUCGUCUGAGAUUCUCAAGAAAUUGAAAGACUUUGCGUCGGAAGGCACAUUCGGAGACAGGAGGGGAGAGGGUGGGGAUGGACUUGACAUCGAAUUACUCGAAGAAGCUAACCAGCAUUUUCUCUCGACGUACGAUAGUCAAAAUGGAGGUUUUGGCUCAGCUCCAAAAUUCCCGACCCCUUCAAAACUCUCGUUUCUCCUCCGCCUACGCCAAUUUCCAAGCAUUGUUCAUGAUGUUGUGGGAGAAGAAGACUGUCAAAAAGCCGAGAAUAUGGCUAUGACUACGCUGCGGAAAAUGGCGCGGGGCGGUAUUCAUGACCAUAUCGGAAACGGCUUUUCCAGAUACUCUGUCACGGCUGACUGGUCAUUGCCUCACUUUGAGAAGAUGUUGUAUGAUAAUGCUCAACUGCUUCAUAUCUAUUUAGACGCAUUCUUGUUGUCACGAGAUCCAGAAAUGCUGGGUGUUGUCUACGAUAUUGCUUCAUAUCUCACUUCUACACUGGAACAUCCAGCUGGAGGGUUCUAUUCCAGUGAAGAUGCUGAUAGCUUUUACAAAAGAGGAGAUUCGGAGAAGCGAGAAGGUGCAUAUUACGUCUGGACGAAGAGGGAGUUUGAGAAUGUUCUUGGCUCCCACACAGAACCAAUACUAUCUGCGUUCUUCAAUGUCAGUGGACAUGGCAAUGUCAAACCUGAAAAUGAUCCUCAUGAUGAGUUCAUUGAUCAGAAUGUCCUCGCUGUUGCAAAUUCUCCGAAUACACUGGCGAGUACAUUUGGUAUGAAGGAGGAGGAAAUUGUGCGAAUUAUCAAAGAUGGAAAGGCAGCGUUGAGGGCACACAGAGAAAAGGAGCGCGUGAAACCUGGCCUGGAUGAUAAGAUUAUUGUCAGCUGGAAUGGCAUUGCGAUCGGGGCCCUCGCUCGAACGGCGGCAGUCAUCAAAGGAUUUGAUCCCGUCAAGUCGGAGGAGUACUUGAAGUCUGCUCUCAAAGCUGCAACAUUCAUCAAGGAGAAUCUGUAUGAUGAAUCGACAAAGACACUCUAUCGGAUAUGGAGGGAAGGUCGUGGCGAGACCAAGGGUUUUGCUGACGACUAUGCAUUCCUUGUCGAUGGCUUGAUUGACUUAUAUGAGGCUACUUUCAAUGAAGAAUGGCUUCAUUGGGCGGACGAUCUGCAACGCAACCUCUUCUAUGAUUCCAGCGGAACAGGUGCUUUUUUCUCUACCGAUUUCUCCGCCGCUCAUGUAAUUCUCCGCCUCAAAGAAGGCAUGGACGCCAGUGAGCCAUCAACGAACGGCAUUUCAGCAUCUAAUCUCUACCGGCUCUCCAGCCUCCUCAACGACGACACAUAUUCCAAGAAGGCAAAGGAGACAGUUGCAGGUUUUGAAUCAGAGAUGCUUCAAUACCCCUGGCUUUUCGCCUCUUUCAUGCCCAGCAUCGUCGCUGGACAUCUUGGCUUGAAGGGAACAGUUGUAUCUGGUGACGGGGUUGGCAAUGAUAAGAUCAAUAAUUUUGAGAAGCAGCCCAGGGGAAGUUUUGGUACAUUCGCAAAGCUUGACAGUUCUAAUUCAUGGCUGAGGCAACGAAACUCGCUGCUAAAAGACUUCGGGCUUGAUGGCAAGCAGAGGGUCUUGAUUUGCGAGGGCAAUACUUGCCACGAAGAAGAAUUGGAGGGUCAAACUGCUGAUGCUUUAAAUCUUGGUAAUGUGGCGGCUGCAUUACCUACGAAGCCGACGAAUCAGGUGGUCGAGCCGGAGAAGGAGAGCAAGGAGGUUGUCCAGCCAGCUUCCGGGUAA